AUGGUCAAAGAAACACAAAUUUAUUGGCUCUUAAGACGACCCCGGCGCUUUGGAAAAACUUUACUCGUCGAUACUUUGGAAGCCUACUUUAAAGGGGAGGCAGGGUUAUUCGAGGAUACUAACAUUUAUAGGCGACAUAUUGAAUCUUUUUUAUGGAUCUUGAAAUAUCGAAGGGGUUGGCCAAAACACCCAGUGGUUCGAUUAGACUUUUCUAGUAUUGAAGCUGAGUCAUUCCCUCAAUUUUACCAUGGUCUUUUGGUGUUACUGCAAGAGAGAGCAAAGGACCAUGGUAUUAAUCUAGAUAUAGCGGAGAGUGUCGGAACAGUUCUUCGCCAAUUGAUUGAGCAACUGGGUCAAAAGUAUGGGAGAAGGGUUGUCAUCCUAAUAGACGAGUAUGAAUCGCCUUACAAAGAUAUUUAUGUGAGCAAUAAAGGUGAAGCCUCCCAAGUUUUAGGAACUCUUCAGGAUUUCUAUAGGAUACUAAAAGGUUUAUAUAAAAGCAUCCGCUUCUGUUUUACUACUGGGAUUACUAGUCUAACCUUGUCGGAUUGUUUUCUCUCCGGCGCAAAUAACAUUAGAGAUAUAACAAUGAACCCUGAUUAUGCUGGGAUCGUAGGGUUCAACGAAACAGAAUUAACGCAGUAUUUUGGUAGAUUUAUAGAGCAUGUGGCCAACAGAAAAGGAAAUACCUCAAUAGAAAUACUUAGCGAGAUGAGAAGGUGGUACGGUGGUUUUAGAUUUACCGUUAAAAACGAGCCCCUUUAUAGUCCGACCUCAGUAAUUGAGUACUUGAGAUCAGAUGGUGCCUCGAUCAAAUCACAUAGUGGCACGGAUAGAUCUAGUCAGUUUUUGACAUGA